CGUGUCUAUGGGACGCACUCGGUAGUGAACCCAACAUGUGUGCGCGCGCGCGUGUCAGCUGACGGCUGCAGAGGGAGGGCGCGAGCAGCGGCGACAUCUUGGAUUCAUGAGUGAACGGUGACCGCAGCCUAAAACACCGAAUACGCGGAAUAACACGGAGCCUCGGUCAGAACCGGACACAGCUGCCUCUGCUGAGCCGGUCCGGUCCGGAGGGACACACAGAGACUGACACACAGAGCAUGGCUCGUGAACACUGAGUGAGACCACCACCAUGAUCGGAGGACUCUUCAUCUACAACCACAAGGGCGAGGUGCUGAUCUCCCGUGUCUACCGUGAUGACAUCGGGAGGAAUGCGGUGGAUGCGUUCCGCGUGAACGUGAUCCACGCCCGUCAGCAGGUACGCUCACCCGUCACCAACAUCGCCCGCACCAGCUUCUUCCACGUCAAGCGCUCCAACAUCUGGCUGGCUGCUGUUACCAAGCAGAAUGUCAACGCAGCCAUGGUGUUUGAGUUCCUCUAUAAGAUGUGUGACGUCAUGACUGCCUAUUUCGGCAAGAUCAGCGAGGAGAACAUCAAGAACAACUUUGUGUUGAUCUAUGAGCUUCUAGAUGAGAUCCUGGAUUUCGGGUACCCCCAGAACUCUGAGACCGGAGCAUUGAAGACCUUCAUUACUCAACAGGGUAUUAAGAGCCAGACGAAAGAGGAGCAGUCUCAGAUUACCAGUCAGGUCACCGGACAGAUCGGCUGGAGACGUGAGGGCAUCAAAUAUCGCCGCAACGAACUCUUCCUGGAUGUACUGGAAAGUGUGAACUUGCUGAUGUCACCGCAGGGUCAGGUGUUGAGUGCACAUGUCUCAGGGCGUGUGGUGAUGAAGAGCUACCUAAGCGGAAUGCCAGAGUGCAAGUUCGGCAUGAAUGACAAGAUUGUCAUCGACAAGCAGGGCAAAGGUGGCACGACUGAUGACUCGGGCAAAAGUGAGUUGGGGGGCAGUGGGAAACAGUCCAUUGCGAUCGAUGACUGCACUUUCCACCAGUGUGUCCGUCUCAGCAAGUUUGACUCAGAGCGCAGCAUUAGCUUCAUCCCUCCUGAUGGAGAGUAUGAGCUCAUGAGGUACCGCACCACUAAAGACAUCAUCCUCCCCUUCCGUGUCAUCCCAUUGGUCCGUGAGGUGGGCCGCACCAAGCUGGAGGUAAAGGUGGUGAUUAAGUCCAACUUCAAGCCCUCCCUGCUGGCACAGAAGAUCGAGGUGCGCAUCCCUACUCCACUCAACACCAGUGGGGUUCAGGUCAUCUGUAUGAAGGGAAAAGCCAAGUACAAAGCCAGUGAGAACGCCAUUGUUUGGAAGAUCAAGCGAAUGGCUGGUAUGAAGGAAUCUCAGAUCAGUGCCGAGAUUGAGCUGCUACCCACUAAUGACAAAAAGAAGUGGGCUCGCCCACCCAUCUCCAUGAACUUUGAGGUACCAUUUGCUCCAUCAGGACUGAAAGUGCGCUACCUGAAGGUCUUCGAGCCAAAGCUCAAUUACAGCGAUCACGAUGUCAUUAAAUGGGUGCGUUACAUCGGUCGCAGCGGCAUCUAUGAGACCCGCUGCUAACAGCAGCCCUUCUGUGAGGAGGGGGGAGAGACGCAGACGAAUAAAUGGGUGGGAUGAACAGAGGACGAAGAGAAUGGAGUUAUUCAUUGUCUCGCUCUCCCCUCCCUUCCUCAACUUUUUAUACGGGGCUCUGUUCACACCGAAAACAUCAACAAAGGGAAACCCAAAAAGAACAUCCAAAACAUCAUGAAUUCAAACAAAUGUGCCCUUCAGAAUAGUUUAUCUGCAAUGAUGGAAAUUGUUUAUCCUCAUGAACUCCCUCCAGAAUUUCACUUGCUAUGAGAUGAGAUGUAAACCCCCACUCGUUUCUCCUUUCUAAUUCUUCCACAACAUGCAUUCCAGACCCCCAGUCUCCAUUGAAUCCCAGCUAAUUUGAGGCUCGGGCCCCUUUUCAGUCCGGUGAUUAGCGCUGAAGCUGUGUUCCUGCUCACAGGCGGUAUCAGUGUGGCCAUUUCCGGCUCCUAAAUCCCUAUCUGCUAACCUGGACCCUGAAAACAUACCCCGUCAUUCUUUGUUUUUGUAGUGGUCCCUCCUAAGAGUAUUAGUUAGGUAUCGUCCACAAUCUUGUUCUCAGUGAAUUAGUGUAAACGUUAAGCCAAUGGCCCCACAAUGUUCUUGAGCGUAACUUUUCAGUGUCCAUCCAAAGUUUUAUGUACGCUGAUGUUACUAUUUGGAUUUUGUCUUAAUUUUUUGGUUGUCUCAGUGUAAAAGAAUUUCUAUAUGUGACCAAAAUGAGGUGCGAGGACGUUUGAAUUAAAGCAGCAAAUUGUACUAAUGCUUAAGUCCAUCUGUCUGUGUGCAUAUAUGCUACUGUAUACACUGUAACAAAACCACCACACCGAUUCAGGCGAGUUUCAGCUUUCAUUUGGUGUCAUAUAGUGACUGGUGCGUAUGUGUGUGAGAGUCAGGGGUCCCCAACAUCUCUCAGGGACUUUACAUUUGUGCUCUUAACCUUCUUUCUGUGUCAUACUUUAACUUUCAUCAUCAUUCACCACUUUGUUUACUUGACUGAAGUUUACCGUCAGUCUUUACGAGUCAGUCUUUGCAUCAGCGAAAUCUCUCCCUGCAUUUCAGCAUUUCUCCUGGGAUUAGUUUGAAGGCAAAUGCAACUUCAAACAGACGCAUUUCACUAAACGCAUAAGAGAGGGGCUAGAAUAUUAGGGAGUCCCAUUUCUAAAGCUCUUUCCUUAGUCCCGAUCUAUGGCAGGAGAUUUUGGAGAUGUCAAAACAUAUAAGCCACAUCUGCCUUUAAGGUCUUGAACACCGUGCUCGCUCCUUUCAUGUGCAUAUAAACUCUCCACUCUGCGGAAGGCGCCGGAGGAUUUAUCUUAAUGCGAAUGCAUUUUGGUUGAGCAGCACAGAGAUGGAAGCACAGUUUAGAGAUGAGCUCACUGUCGACUACUACGCUCGUGGUAUCUACGUUACAUUUCAGGCAACACUACAAACUCGACCCUGCAGAUUUAAGUGUGCAUCUUCUUGAACACUUGUGUCAUUACACUUACAGCGUCUGACCUCAGUGUGUUACAGCUCUGAGAGAUGAUGAGGCUCCUUUUGCAGUGUAUCGUCUUCAUUUGGUAACUUUGUGACUGUCGUCUUAAUCCUAAUAAAAUGUGUAAUCAGUUACUCUUAA